CUGCGCUCGCUCGACCCCUCCCCCACCGGCCUCACCUGGAUUACGACUUUCGCCGAGCCCUUCCCUGUCCGCUACCCCAACGCCAACACACAUGCGAUAACAAGGCUGCAAGUGCAGCUUCACAAAAGAAAUAUACCCUAACACUCAACCGUGCUCUGCUACCCGGCACCCUUCGCUUCUGUCUCGAUCGCGAACCAUUACCCCCACAUUCGCAUUUUCGAACCCCUCGCCCUACGUAUCCACGCACGCAUUGCGGCUGCGCGUCAUAACCUGAGCCGCGUCUAGACAGCGGCCCCGACGCCUUUACACCCAAGACAGCAUGUCGUCAUCUUCGCAGGUGACCGAGUCGUGGAUCGCGUCCUUUUGCGGGCUCCUGGGUCACGAGUACUUCGCCGAGGUGUCAGAAGACUUCAUCGAGGAUGACUUCAACCUGACGGGCCUGCAAUCGCAGGUGCCCAUGUACAAGGAAGCUCUGGAGAUGAUACUGGACGUGGAGCCGGAGGACGACGAGGACGAGGAAGACGAGGAGGAAGAAGAGGAUGAUGAAGAUGAGAUACUGGGUGAUGAGCGAGCACCGGGCUACCGACGGGCUGGCGACCGGAGGCAUCUUCGCAUAGCCUCUGAUCUUAGUGUGAUAGAGAGCUCUGCCGAGCUGCUCUACGGGCUCAUACAUCAGCGCUACAUCACCUCGCGACCAGGCAUACAGCAGAUGGCUGAAAAGUACGAGCUCCAGCACUUUGGCACCUGCCCGCGCGUAAACUGCAACUCCUGCAAAGUCCUGCCAGUCGGCCUCAACGACAGUCCUGGCCACGAGACAGUCAAGCUGUUCUGCCCUUCCUGCUUAGACGUAUAUACCCCGCCCAACUCGCGCUUCCAGACCGUCGACGGAGCUUUCUUCGGCACGACCUUCCCCUCGCUCUUCUUCAUGACCUUUACGGACCUCGACAUUGGCGGCGGGCUGCGCAACAACGCGUCAAACACAGUCGAUGCACUACAACAAUUACAAUCGCAAAGCACCGACGGCAAGUCGCGGAAUACCACACCCUCAAACGUCACCUCGAUCAACGGCGUCGCACCGCACAACCUCGCCCCCGGCCUCGGCACAGGCAGCAUCUACGAACCGCGCAUCUACGGCUUCCGCGUCAGCGAGCGCGCACGAUCAGGGCCGCGGAUGAAAUGGUUACGGAUGCGGCCCACGGACGUAACCGAGCUCGACGAGACGAGAAGAUACUGGGAAGAGCACGACGAGGACGCAGACCGGCCGGACGACGACGACCUCAACAUGGUCGACGUAGCAGAAGGCGGCAAAGGCGCGCCAGUAGACCGAAGAAAGAAAGCAAUCCGCACACGACGACGGCCGACGAACGGCUCAAAUGCCGGAGGGGGCAGCCCAAUGGACACAAACGGUGUCGGCGCGGCGGCGGGCUAGAUGUCCUCGCCGCGUUUUGUCAAUCGUGACCCCCCUGUGUGCCGUGUUAAGACAUGGUGAAUGAUAUGAAGAGGCCUGAUGCCCAGACGGCGGGGAAACAUACAAUACACAUUACUAUUGCCUCUGCGGCCCCCGCAAAUGAGAAAAAGGGUGCGAGUCAAAAAUCGGGAGGGGAUAUCAUGUGCGAUUGAGUUUGGCUUAGUUACAAAGAGGCACGUUCUUGUUACCUUUUGUCCCUCUUUCUGUCUUUCUUCAUCGUCAGCCACAACUUUCACGCUUUCACACUACAAAGGAAAGGAGCAUCGUGGGUUUGGGACUCUUGGGUCGGAGUGUUCGUUUUUCUUGUUGAAGUAUUGUUCAAAGACGUAUGAGGGUGGUGGAGUGGGGGUUUUAUAGCAGAUUCUUGGUAUGUGAGUCGAUGAGCUUGGAU